CCCCGCCCCGAGCGCUUUGCCUCUACCGGCCCAGGAGACAUCCGUCCAGAGUCCACAGUUCUCUCUCGAAAUCACGAUGUCCGGAAAUAAAAAGCAGCGCACGGACCUACAAAGAUCCACAAAUGUGGUGUACCAGGCCCACCAUGUAAGCCGCAGCAAAAGAGGUCAGGUUGUGGGGACCAGAGGUGGAUUCAGAGGCUGCACUGUGUGGCUGACAGGUCUGUCUGGUGCUGGCAAAACCACGGUUGGCUUUGCACUGGAGGAGUAUUUGGUGUCCCACCGCAUUCCGUGCUACUCUCUGGAUGGAGACAACAUUCGCCAUGGGAUGAACAAGAACUUGGGCUUCAGCGCUAAGGACCGCGAGGAGAACAUUCGACGCAUUGCCGAGGUGGCCAAACUGUUUGCUGACGCAGGACUGGUGUGCAUCACCAGCUUCAUCUCACCAUUUACUAAGGACCGUGAUGAGGCACGUAGCAUUCAUGAGAAAGCGGGCCUUCCCUUCUUUGAGGUGUUUGUCAAUGCAUCUCUGGAGGUGUGCGAGAGUCGCGAUGUCAAAGGACUCUAUAAAAAGGCGCGUGCUGGAGAAAUUAAAGGUUUUACUGGCAUUGAUUCUGACUAUGAAAGCCCUGUCACACCUGAGUUGGUUCUAAAGACAGGAGAGCUUACAGUGAAUGAGUGCAUACACGAGGUGGUGGACCUCUUGAAAUCACAGAGUAUCGUUCCCAGUGGGGUUGUGGAGGACAUAAUUGAACUCUUUGUGCCAGAGAACAUGUUGGAGCUGGCCAAGGCUGAUGCUAACAUACUGCCCACAAUCACCAUCAACAAGCUCGACCUCCAGUGGGUACAGGUGCUCUCGGAGGGCUGGGCGAGCCCCCUGAAGGGUUUCAUGAGAGAGAGAGAAUAUCUGCAGGUUCUCCACUUCAAUAAUCUGCUAGAUGGUGGGGCCAUCAACUUAUCCAUUCCCAUUGUCCUGCCCGUUUCCACGGAGACAAAAGAGCAGCUGAAUGGAUCUGCUGCCGUGGCUCUGGAGUUCCAGGGUGUCAGGGUGGCGAUCCUGCGGAACCCAGAGUUCUACGAGCACCGCAAGGAGGAACGUUGUGCAAGACAGUGGGGAACAACCUGCCCCAAACACCCUUAUAUAAAGAUGGUGCUGGAGAGUGGCGAUUGGCUGGUCGGUGGUGACCUUGAGGUGCUGGAGAGAAUUAGAUGGGAAGAUGGUCUGGACCAAUACAGACUGACUCCUAAGGAACUGAAGCAGAGAUUCAAAGAGAUGAAAGCAGACGCGGUCUUUGCCUUCCAACUGCGGAACCCCGUGCACAACGGCCACGCGCUGCUCAUGCAGGACACCCGGCGGCGGCUGGAGGAACGCGGAUACCAGCGCCCCGUGCUGCUCCUCCACCCGCUGGGGGGCUGGACCAAAGACGACGACGUGCCGCUACCCUGGCGCAUGAAGCAGCACGCGGCCGUGUUGGAGGAGGGCGUGCUCGACCCCUCCUCGACCAUCGUCGCCAUUUUCCCCUCCCCUAUGAUGUACGCUGGCCCCACGGAGGUGCAGUGGCACUGUCGUUCAAGAAUGGUGACGGGAGCCAACUUCUACAUUGUGGGGAGAGACCCAGCAGGGAUGCCCCAUCCCGAGUCAGGGCAGGACCUGUAUGAGCCCACCCACGGGGGGAAGGUCCUCUCCAUGGCCCCUGGGCUCACAUCCGUGGAGAUCAUCCCAUUUAGAGUGGCAGCUUAUAACAAGACCAAAAAAGCCAUGGAUUUCUAUGACAAAGAGAGACAUGCUGAAUUUGACUUUAUCUCUGGAACGCGGAUGAGGAAACUGGCUCGGAGCGGAGAGAAUCCCCCCGUUGGCUUCAUGGCUCCCAAAGCUUGGAACGUCUUGACUGAGUACUACCAAUCCUUGCAGAAAAAUCUGUAAGUGCUGUAUACAGCACAGCCCAGCAAACUGAGAAUACAAAAUGCCUCCUUCAAAAUGCCAGUGUAUUAUGUACUACUGUAGUUUAACUAUUGAAAUACGGGUGUCCACAAACCAGAUGGCAUUACACAUAUACAGUACAUCACCUCAUACUGCACAGCAGAUACAACUUUUUAUUCUUCAUAUUCAUCACUCAUACCUACAUGGCAUAGCACACUGUAAGAUGAAAUAAAGGACAGAGCAAUAGUUUUUCUCAUAACGUUCUCAUGUAACUCUAAGGGCUUGCCACAGAUUUCCUAGUGACAAAAAGAGGUCAAAUCUGUGUCUGUGUCAGGAUUGUUACUGUUUUGUGUACUGUACCUGUAUAUCUGUCUAAAUGUUAUGUGCACAAGGGACAAUUUAAAUUGCAUUUAAUUUAAGUGUAAAUCAGUGUCUCUCGACACUGUAAGGGUUUACUCAGCUACUUUUAUGCUGUGAAUUAUCUCAAUAUUUCCAGGUGAUUACUCUACGGACAUGGACCAGGGCAUUAAUAAAUGCUAAUGAUUAUGACAAUCAAUUACUUCAUACAUCCUCAUCAAUUUUCAUGUUUUACAGUGAGAAUAGUGCUCUUUUUAAAAAAUAGUUGAUGAGAACUGGAGAGGGAUUUUGACAUUAUGUUGUACAUGUAUAUUUGUAUAAGGAUUUGAUAACAUUUGUAUUUUGACCGAGAUAUAUUUGAACUGCACCAUAAAUGUACCAGGAUAGAAUACAGUUAUCAUCUGGAAACAUUUGAAAUGAUACAACUGGGAAGGUGUCAUGGUCAUGGAAGGCAUCCUCUGCAAUUUUGUAUUUAUUGUUUGCCUUCUGGACCAAUAAUUAAACUUCUUAAAUGAA